AUGGCGCAAUACUUCUUUGACCUUCUAUACAAUUUCACAGAUUGCAUGUGCUGUUUUCCCAGCACGCCGCAGUUGAAGAUCAACAACCGCAGCUUCAAGUUGCUCCGGCUUCUAGGUGAAGGUGGCUUCUCCUACGUCUACCUGGUCCAAGACAAAUCCACGUCCGAACUCUUCGCCCUCAAAAAGAUCCGAUGUCCAUUCGGCCAAGAAUCCGUCUCGCAGGCGCUGAAGGAAGUCGAGGCCUACACCCUCUUCACCUCGGAAUCAAAUAUCAUCCACUCCAUCGAUCACUGCGUCUCGACCGAAUCCGGUUCCAAAUUUCGUUCCGAUGGGGGCGACGCAGGCUCGAAGACCGUCUACAUCCUCCUCCCGUACUACCAGCGCGGUAACCUCCAAGACGCCAUUAACGCCAACCUGGUCAACCACACUCGCUUUCCGGAGAAACAGCUGAUGGUGCUGAUGCUCGGAGUUGCAAAGGCGUUACGCGCGAUGCACCAGUAUCGAGUCAAGAGCGGCGCUGGCGCCACCCGCAAGGCCAAGGGGGUGCGACGGGAGGGCGAAGAGGCCGAUGCGGAGGUUGGCAUGCGCAUGCCAAAACCGAAGCGCCGGGCUAGUCACAAGGUGGAUGACGACGACGAGGAGGAGAACGAGCCGUUGAUGGACAACGAGGUCACCCGGAGUCAGGAAGGGGUUCAGGAUGGCGACGUGCGUCCGUACGCCCACCGGGACAUCAAGCCAGGGAACAUCAUGAUUGCGGAUGACGGCCAAACGCCUAUUCUGAUGGAUCUUGGGUCGCUCGCCCCCAGUCCCAUCGCCAUUACCUCUCGUUCUCUCGCUCUGGCGGUUCAGGAUACAGCCGCGGAGCACAGUACCAUGCCGUAUCGUGCACCAGAACUGUUUGACGUGAAGACGGGAUCGAUCAUAGAUACCAAGGUGGAUAUCUGGUCUCUGGGCUGCACUCUCUACGCGUGUUUGGUAGGCAAGAGCCCGUUCGAGGCCCGUAGUGAAGAAACCGGUGGCAGUCUGAGUAUGUGUGUUCUGGGCGGAGACUGGCGAUUCCCGGAUGAGAAGCCCAAUGCCGGCAAGGGCAAAGGAAAGGCGGGCGAGACGGCGCAAACCGACAACGCCACUAUCAGCGCUCCGGUCAAGGAUGUCGUGCGGAAGUGUCUGCAGGUUGAGCCAGCAGACCGACCCGACAUUGAUGAGCUGAUUCAGAUCAUUACGGAUGUCAUCAAGGAACUACCUGGUGACGAUGAUGUCGCCAGCGGGUCGAAUUGA